CCGCAUAAUAAUUAUAUUCUCUUGACGGAAGGAGUCGUUCGCGGUGUCGCCAUUUGAUAAUCUGGUUUCCAAAUUCUAGCCAUCGUCUUGGUUUUUUCUCCAUUCCAAUGGCUUCACCAAAUCCAAAGCUUUUUCUUCUCUUCUCAAUUAUUGUUGCUUUUCUCUCCUUCUCUGCCUCUGCUAGACCCUGCAAAACCCUCUUCAUCUCCUCCUACUCCUUCUCCAUCAAGCCCCUCUACCCUAACCCUAACUCUCAUCACCCUUCCUCCUCCGGAUUCGUCACCAUCGUCACCGAAAUUACUCAACAACGCUCCCCUUCUGAGACCCUCCUUCAUCGCCGGGUUUUUCCCGCCGUUCUUGUUGAUGAUGAAGAUUCUCAGCACAGAGCUAUCCAACGGCGCCAGGAAGCUCCUGUCUUGCCUUUUGGGCUUUCUUCCUAUGACAUGAGUUCUCUCCGUGAUCGCACCAAGGACAUUCUGAGUGUCGUCGUCGCCUUGCUUUUUGGGGUUGGUUGUGGCGCUCUCACCGCCGCUACCAUGUACUUGGUCUGGUCCCUUUUCUCUACCCGCUACGAUUACCGCUAUGAGGAAUUUGAUAGCGAGGAUGGAGAUGAAGAUGAUGAUAUUAGCCCUAAGAAGGUGGGUUAUUGUAAGAUCCCUGAGGCUGGUUGCAUGCAGAAGCCGGUUAAAGAGGCGGUAUGAGAAGGCCUUCCCUUUUAUAACGAAGAAAUUUCAUUUACCGUUUAGGGUUUUAUUCAACUGUUUCCUCUUGCUGUUUAGUUCCGUUGGAUUAUCAUUCAACGGUUAAUGUUGCUUUCUGGUGUGUUACUGUCAAGAAAGCUUAUGGUUGCUUCUGUUGCAAUAUUUUAAUGUCUUCCAAGUCUAAUAGAUCAAUUUCCUGUGUUUUUAUUGUUUUGCACUCA